UAACCUGAUUAGGAUAUAGAACUGAUCUUUGCACUCAACAGUGAACCUGUAAGAUGGUGAGAUAAGGUAACCGAGUGGUACUUUCAGAUACUGACAUGCUGCGUGCAUGGAAGCAAAGUGUGAAAAAUAUGCCUGUCAUGUCCGGUUUAAGAAAGCGCCCGCAUCUGAAGAGGCCACUGUGGAUUAUUCUAUUGGUAAUUUUUGUGAUCAUAUUCUUGAUUACCGCCUAUGUCUUCCCUCUAUCAAGUUCAACAGCCUGCUAUAUCUUUUCAUCUGGAGAUUGUUCAGUAUACUACCAGCCAUCAUUUCGUUCUAGGGAGCUAAGUGAUGAAGAGAUAAUGUCUCAGGUUGUAAUUAGGGAGAUCCUCAACGCACCUCAUACCCAAUCAAAUAAUUCAAAAAUUGCUUUCCUGUAUUUGACUCCAGGGACACUACCUUUUGAGCCACUGUGGGAUAUAUUCUUUCGUGGCCAUGAGAGCAGGUUCUCUGUUUAUGUACAUGCUUCCAGAGAAAAACCAGUACACAUCAGUGACCAUUUUAUUGGUCGAGACAUUCGCAGUGACAGUGUGGCUUGGGGGAAAAUUUCCAUGGUAGAUGCUGAGAGGAGACUGUUGGCACAUGCACUUUUAGACCCUGAUAACCAGCAGUUUGCGUUGUUGUCAGAUAGUUGCGUACCACUACACAACUUUGACUAUGUCUACAACUAUCUGAUGCACACUAAUGUGAGCUUUCUUGACUGUUUUGUUGAUCUGGGUCCACAUGGAACUGGGAGGUAUUCAGAGCAUAUGAUGCCUGAAAUUGAGAAGUCCGCUUUCAGGAAAGGUUCACAGUGGUUCUCCUUGAAGCGGCAGCAUGCUAUAAUAGUUAUGGCCGACACCCUGUAUUACACAAACUUUAGGCUUUAUUGCAAGCCAAAUUUUGACGGCCGCAAUUGCUAUGCAGACGAGCAUUACUUGCCAACCUUUUUUAAUAUGAUUGAUCCCGGCGGAAUCGCCAAUCGGUCAGUAACAUAUGUGGAUUGGUCUGAAGGGAAGUGGCAUCCCAGAUCAUUCAGGGCCCAAGAUAUAACAUUCGAGUUCCUCAAGAACCUUGCGUCCACCGACGACAUCAUACAUUACACGAGUGAUCCGAAGAGGAGAAUGCUUGUCGGGCCAUGUUUGUGGAACAAUGCGAAGAGACCUUGCUAUUUAUUCGCAAGAAAGUUUUAUCCGGAAACUUUGAACAGAUUGUUGACCAAUUUCUCUAAUUAUACAGCGGCGUAGGCCUCGGCUUUGCUGUCCUCGUUUCGUUUCCGUUGGUAACACUGCAUCUAAUUAUAUACUGAAUCUGAUGGACGGGGAACUUUAUUUGAGAUAAAACCCCACCUCCCAAGCUUCCCGUUGUUAAUUAACACAAAAUCCUCCCGUA